AAAAAAUUUUUGGUGUUCAAAUAACUUUAGUGUACAUUUUUGAUGGGUUGUGAAUGCACACUCUAAGGAGACAAUGUGUUGCACACAAUAUCUGAGUUCCAAACACAACAAAAUUAUAGGUAAAAAUGGAGUUUAGUUUUAUGCCUGGUCUAUACGUAUUCUGUGGACGAUGACACGAUUUGCCAGAUUUGGUGAGAGGACUAAAAAACCUGAGGAUGCUUCUAGCUGGGCAGACCUCAAGCGUGGAUCUUCAAAACCUGAUGAAGCCCCAAAAGGAGAGCAAAAACCGUCUUCAGAAAGCAUAGACCUGAAUAAAAGUUCAAUUCUAAAUGGGGUAAAGAAAGACAAACAGUUUAAAUCAGGAAACAAUGCUAAGAAAAGCAAGGUUUUGAAAAAAGGAAAGUUUGGUAAAAAAGGGCCUGUUGACUAUAGUUCAAUGGACUGUUAUAAUUGUAAGCAAAAGGGGCACAAGGCAUCUGAGUGUUCCGCGCCAUCUGAUGGUAAACAGGCAGAGUUUCAGUGUUACAACUGUAAGGAGAAAGGUCACAAGUCGUUUAAUUGUCCAAAACCGAACCGGCGUGAAAUGAAGAAUCAGAGAGAUAGAGGUACUAAAGGUGCCUUUCCAAAGUUCAACAAGUCUGACCCUAACUGGAAAGAACAAAGGUCAGAAUUACGGCGUCUGAAAAGACAAAAAGAUACUGAAAACAAAAAGUUGUGUUUCCACUGCCGUGAAUCUGGGCACCAGAUGUCUGACUGCCCUGAGAUGAGGAGAGACGUUGAACAGGGGACUGGCAUAUGUUUUAAAUGUGGAUCCACUGAGCAUGCUAUCAACAAGUGCAAUGUUAAGCUAGCCCCAGGUGAAUUUCCCUUUGCGAAGUGCUUUAUCUGUGGUGAGACGGGUCAUCUCUCGCGGGCCUGUCCUGACAACCCUCGGGGUCUCUACCCCAACGGGGGCUGUUGUAAGCAAUGUGGAUCUGUGGAACAUCUCAAGCGGGACUGUCCAGAGUUCCAGAAACAACAAGGCAUCAGCAGUAUCACCCUGGGAAGGAUCACUGAGGCCUGGAGUAUAGAGGCAGAGGAGACCAGGGACCUACAGAACACAGAACACAACACAGAACAGCGUGUGAAACCUGUCAAGCAGGCUCCACAAACAAAGAAAAUUGUUAAAAUUGUCAAGUUUUAGAAUCCUAGAAAUGUGUUAAUGUUGGAUGUGGAAAUAAGAAGAAAAGGGGAAGACUACAAUGGAGGACAGUUAAUAAAGCAUUGAUUACAGUUUAUACAGAGUAGCAAUUCAAAAACAAUUAAAUGCAUUUAAUUAUUGUUUAUUAUAGUCAGUAAAUUCUUUCAAACCAAAAUAUUUAAUAUUUUACGGAAAAAUCACAAUUAUUAUAGAACAAUCUAGAUUGGUAGCAAACACAAAAUUGGCUGAUAAGUUGAGCAGAAGGGUAGUUAUAAUGCGUGUUAUUGUUUUGUAAAUUACAAAAUUAUAAAUACAAUUUUGCUAAAAUUGAUUGAUUGAUUGGUUGUAUAAAUUUCUAAAUCUGUCCAUUUUGUAUGGAUGACUUAAUGGUAUAAUUCUGAAUUUGAUAACUCUCCAUUGAUCGUCAUAUUGAGUUCACAAUAUCAUUUCUUUCCAGACUUCAUUCAAAGAGUAUUUAAAUGUAAAGUUUAGUAUGAUUGUUCAUUACUUGGCUUGUCAAUAUAAAUGAAUACUUUAUUUUGCCAGCCAGUCUCCCCAAGGUUUAUUGUGUAGUUAGAACAUUAUUCAAAUAUUGUAGACUUGAAUUAACAUAAUAUUUAUCAGUACAUAAUAACAUGUUAUCUUUAACUUAUGAA